AUGCCUGCUACGCUGGACAGUGAAGAGGGCCUAGGUCAACUGGAGGUCCCUUCGACACCUGAGGCCCUGCAGGUAGUGCAGGAGAUCCUGACGCUAUCAGUGCCACCCACACCAGCUAUGGUGGUACCACGGCCCGGGUUGAUAUCGGAUGCUUCGGACCUAGGCUGGGGUGCGCAUCUCGGCGACCUCCAGACCCAGAGCAUGUGGUCUCUGGAGGAGAUGACAUUGCACAUAAAUGUCAAAGAGCUCAGAGAGCUCUCUGUCAAGAGGCUCUCCGAUUGUGGGAUUUCUGCAUCGAGCACACAAUCCACCUGGAGGCAGAUCACCUCAAUAGAUCCUUUUUCUCUUGCUUCAUCUGGAGGUAGCCCAGACACUCUUCCAGAGGUGGUGUCUUCCUUCCAUGUUAAUCUGGACAUCUUCCUCCUGGUGUUUUGUCCUAAGCUGCACACCACUAGUGAGGAAAGAAAGCUGCACGCUCUGGAUGUCAGACAUGCCCUGGCGUUUUACUUGGAGCGUACCAAGCCCUACCACAAGUUGAACCAGCUCUUAAUCAUGACAGCGGACAGGAUGAAGGGCCUUCUGGGGUCCUCACAGAGGAUCAUCUCCUGCAUCUGGACCUGUUACAAGCUGGCACAAGUCCCACCACCCGCCGAUUGUGAGGGUCCACUCAACCAGAGAUCAGGUGUCCUCGAUGGCCUUCCUGGUGCACAUCCCCAUUCAGGACAUUUGCAGAGCCACGACGUGGUCUUCAGUUCACACGUUGGAAGGCACUUACCCAAGCACCCUGCAGUCAGCCACCUCUCCAUGAGUCCAGAAAGUCAAGAUAAUUCACUGCUAAAAAGGGAUGAACAAAACCAUGAACUUCAUACUCCUCCUCUGAAUAGUAACUUCUCAGGAUAUAACCAAAAGAAACUUCAGGAGGAAAAUACUAAAUUAAAGCAUGAACUAGAAGAUUUAAGAAGUCAGUAUGCCCUGCUUAUAGAAGAAAGGAAGAGUGAAUGUUUUGAUGAAAGACGUGUCCGUCUUUUGAAGGCACAAGUAAUGCAGCUAGAGCGGCAGGUGGUCCUACUUACAGAAGGAUUAAGUUCUCGAGCAGUCCUUAUGCUGGAAUUAAAGAAUUCCCUAGAGUCUCUUAGUGAGAGACUCAGGUCUUUACUUGACUUUGAAAACCAUUCCUCUGAAGUACCAGUUGCCCGAGCUGAACUUACACAAAUGAUUGAAAUAUGUCAGGCCCUGAGAAACAGGCUGCAAAGAAACCAUCAAGCAACUGGUAUGGAUAAUCUUGCAUUAUCGUGGAUGAUAUCAAGAAGAAACCUAGAAAAACAACCUAUGAUCCUCAUAGACCUUUGCUAUGGGAAGAUAGAAAACGUAAACCUACGAUAUCUGAGUGCUCUUGAAGGAAAACUCAGCAAGUUGUUCAAACACCUGCUUGCCAUGAGGCAAACACUGAGCUUCAUACUUGCCCCAGGACAAGAGUCCUGUGAGAAAGCUCAUCGGAUACUACCAACUGCUUUUUAUGCUAGAUUGCUAAAUCAUGUGACUAGAUGUCAUCAAUCUCUGGAGGAAUGCUGCAGUGACUUGCUUGUUUUGACACUUAUUGUACCAUCUGCACCUUGGGUAAAACUGGAGUACUCCUUGAGCCAAGAAUUCACGGUGGAGAAUGUGCUUGCAAUAUUGCCUGCAUUUCCCAAGGGUGCCCCUCAGCAACGGGCCAAAAGGGCUGCAGAAGCCCUGGUGAAAGCUUCUAAUUAUUCCAGACUAAUGGCAAUACAACAGAUACAUGCUCUGCAAGCUGAACUCAAUUUCCAUAAAAGCCUAUACAACCUCCAAGUUAAGUACACUGAAGCUGUUUUUGAGGGGAUAAAGCAAGCCUACCACACUUUUCAAGAGAACGUUGUGUCAGUUCUAUGUUCACCACUACAAGGUGAUGAGGCCCUGUCAAGGUUUGGAAAAGAGUUCUUCUUCUCUUUGGAGAAUUCACUCAAAGACUGUGGGGAACAAUGGGAUAAAGCAGCCAGUGAAAUGGAAACUUCACAAACUGAACUGGCUCUAGCCUUUGAAAACCUUCAGAGCUUUAGAAAGGAACGAAAAAAGAAGAAAACAGAAUCCAUUCCUCAUUUUACAAAGUCUGAAGUGGGGGAGAGUGCAGGAGGAGGAGCUGCAAGCGGCUUGGAUAAGAUUUCAAAAGAUAACCCAGUGCCAGAUUCAACACCCCUGCCUCCUCCACACAGUGAGAGACCUUUGCCCAACCAUGUGUCUGCGAUGGCAGAAGCAUCCAGCAACUCAUCAUCCAAACGGCAGCAGCAGAGUUCUAAGGGGUUAUUCAUUCACCAAAAGGGGAAGAGCUCCCACAGGAGUAAGAGCAUGAAGACCACUGCAAGGCCACCUUGGCAAGAUUAACCAUCACUUUAUCUUUAAUAUCUUUUUCUUCAAAAAUGGUUUGAGCUAGUUUGUAAUAUUUUGUGUUAUGAUGAACUCCAGGGGCACAACUUUGCUAGGUGUUGGGAAAAGAAUAAGUCGGGGGGUUGAGGGAACUCAACACCUUGUAAAUGGUGUUGGGAACCUCAUAGGGGGCCUGAUCAAAGCUCAUUGAAGUCAAUGACAAAAUUCCCAUCCAGGGGCUUUGGAUCAGGUCCUUAGUUCAUGCUAGAAUGCAGCAAACCAGAAGGAUAGAAGUAGAUGGCUGGUGUUAAACUAGAAUGAAUAGCUUUUGAAGAGGUAAUAUACACACUCAGCACAUCGACUGUACUAAUGUUAUGCUGGAUGUAUGUGCUGUUUCAUCACAGAUGUGUUUUUACACUUUGUGAAGGUUAUAGAAUGACUAAAAAAAAAUCGCUGGCACCAGGCUUGGUUUUGUUUCAUUACCAAAAGCACAUAGGGGACUUAACAGACCACAGCCAUCUGACAAAUGUUUAUAAAUUUGUUCUUCUUUGACUUGGCAUCUGUAUUGAAAGGAAAUCUCUCUAGAUUCCCAAGCUCAUGUGAAUGAUAAAUCUCUUGAAUGCCCCAAAUUACUACAUAUGCAAGGAGAAGAGAAUUGUGUUCAUAAUGUUUACUGAUAACAAAUGGUUUUGGAGAGCCUUACUUUACUGAGAAUGACAAUGUAAAUAAGUCAGAAUUGAGUGUGUAAUGUUCCUGUUUUUAAAAUUUGAUAUUAUAUUUUUAUUCUAAAUCACCUUUUUUGUUAAUUCUAAAGAUUAUAAAGUUUUAUUUUCUGGUGAGAAAAAUUGAAGUUGCAGACAUAGUAUUUUUGUUGUAUUUCUGUUACUGUUCUUCCUUCCUUUCUCUUAGUACUAGUAAGAUAGGAAGGUCCAUUGGUCCAUUUAACUUUCCAAAGAGCCUGGAUGUUGGGAUGGGUGCAGACAGAAAUGCAAUAACUGAAAUAUAUUUGCUUGUGUCAUUUUUCUCUGUUGUACCAAAAGCAAGUGUUUUGCAAUGGUUACACCAACCACUUCAAGAGAACAGCUGUGAAUUCACAAGUGGGAUUAAUUUGGUGGCUGUAAUAGCGGUAACAGAGUAAACGUAGUCAAAAGACCAGCAUUUUGGGUUUGCUUUUUUUAUGUCUUUUAUGCCAGUCAUAUGUCAGAAAGACAGGAAGCGAGAGCUUAUUAACUUGGACUGAUUUUUCCCUGUGGGGCCGACC